AUGACUAGGCCUCAGAAGAAGGUUGAAUCUAAGAAUAAUUUGAGGUAUGCUUUAUCACGAUAUCCUGAAGAGCUAACUGAAAGAUCCCAGAAUUAACCGAAAGGUCAAGAUUAGCCCCAGAAAAAUAAACAAUAUACAAUCUUCAGACUCAAUAAUUCCCACUAAGAGUCUGCUUCAACUGUAUCAAGACAAGAAACUAUUACUUUUUCCUCUCAAUUCUAAGGUCAAUAGAUUGUGUAUCCGCCAAAACUCAACCAGUCUAAAAAUAAGCUCAAUCAAAAUUAAGAUGAGCCAUAUACACCAAGAUUUGAAGAUUCAAGAAAGAAUGAGGAAGAUUAAUAACUCCAACAAGAUGAUCGCCUCUCUAUUCCUAAGAAUGAAUAUCCAAAAGAUAAUUAGAAGCCAAGUCUAUACAUUUAGGAUCAAGAUCAAUUUAAGUAAUUAAAUGAGAUUGAAUGGCAUAAUUCAAACUAUGAAAAAGAGCUCCAAAGAAGACUUUAGUGA